AUCACUAUUGAGCUGGUUACACACACUUUCCGUAGAACGUAACAGUAAGGUUUCGACAUGUUGGAUUGGACGACCGUAACAGUAAGCGACUAAAUCAAGUACGUGAUUGGUCAAAACCUUACUGUUACAUUCUACGGAAAGUGUGUGUGACCCGCUUUGGACACACUUUCAGUGCUGGCAUUCCUCCUCCAUGUAUAUAUAUACUCAAAGAUCGCACCUUGUAAUGUAUACAUACCGAUUAACCGAUGCAUGCUAAAAGAACCAAGAACGUGACAAGUUGUACUCCGGAUGGAGCAGGGUGGACGGUGGAGUAACAAAGCGCCUUCAAUCCUACCUUUAGGUUAUAUAGCGCAAAACGUAUGCAAUACGUAUUUAUGGGGUUAUGAUACAAAUAUGAGAAUAUAGUAUAUUUUAAAUGACAGUAGGACCGGUAAUAAUGUUGGUUUAAAAAAUAUUACUCAGUAGUGAAUAAACUUUUGUGUUGCAAGAUGACUGUGCUUUAUAAACAUUAAUAAGUGCGUUAUAAACAUUGACGAAAGCUUUCCAAUUUUGUUUGAGAGGUAUUUGCACAAUACGUAUUAUUUGUAUAUGCAAAAAUCGUAUAAAUAAAUAGAGUAAAAGUCUAUCAUAGUAGGUAAAAUUUUAAUAAUAAAAGCUGGUAAAAUGAAUCUCGCAAUAAUUCAAAGGCUUGUGCUAUCGAGCUGCAGAGAUAAAAUUGAUAUAUACCAAAGGAUCGUGCCAAGCUUGAAUAUUUUGCGAGGAAGGACAGUGAUAAAGGCGGGCUUUUCCUCGUAUAAAUGCACAGUUUAUAAGAGAUUUUUACAUGAUUCUACAAUUCACUCAGCGAAGAUAAAUCCAAAAGAAAAUGGAACUGACAUCGUUGAUAAUAUAUCUACGUUCAAAAUUAAAAAAACACCAUCCAGAAGAAACAGAGUAAUAAUAAACGAUGAUAAGAGCUCAAAGCCUAAUACAUGGACUGUAAAAGCCUUAGCUACUGCGGAGGAAUAUAAUUUGGAAAAUUUAGCUUAUGGCUUAUUGGAUCAACAGUUGUAUAUUCCUAGUAAAAUAUCUACAUCAACUAAUUCCUUGCCUGAUGUUAUACAUGCAGUAGCUAAGUAUGAAGUAGGACAUGAACCACGAGAGAUCUUUUUCUUUCGAGAAGGUAGCAUUGUCAUGUGGAAUAUUUCCAAUCUCGAAUGUGGCAACCUAUUACAAUUUUUGAGGCGUUACGAAUUAAAUCGUUACAUAGAAGAGUUGGUUCAUACUGAAAGCGAGCUAAUGAAUUAUUCUUAUGCAGAUCCUGGGAAAAAGAGCCACUUAAAGGAUGGUGAUAUUGUUCUGGCCCAAGAAGCUGGAAAUUUGGAUAAGUAUACAUUCUCCAAUGCCAUGGCACAGUCUGUCAAGCUAGGCAUAUGGGAGGCAUCGUUAAAUCGUUAUGUCGAUUCAAUCCAGUUCGUCACGGAAGAUCUAAGAAUCGGUAAGAAGAUUCAGAUGACGCAACACGAGGUGCUAAAGAAACAGGGCGAAUUGUUCGCCCUUAGACAUCGAAUUAAUUUAACAUCGGAUCUAUUGGAUACGCCUGAUUUCUAUUGGGAACGAGACGAUUUGGAAAAUUUGUAUCAACAAACUUGCGGUUAUUUUAGCAUCGCUAAACGCACCAGGGUGAUGAACGAAAGAUUAAAUCACUGCUUGGAAUUGGUGAGCAUUUUAUCGUCACAUUUGAGUGAUCGUCAUCACGUUCGUUUGGAAUGGAUGAUUAUCGUACUUAUUAUGGUGGAAGUCGCUUUCGAGGUUUUGCAUUAUAUUGACAGAUAUCUUGUCAAAUAGCGACCUAGUAAUAAUAAAUAACACUCUUUUAUUAUAUAUAAAAAUUUUAUUAUAUAUAAAAAUUUGAAGAGAUA